UCCCAGCACAGGACUUCCCUGUGACUUGCAAGGCUGCAUUAGAACAAGUCCAAGUUUCGGAGCGCAACAAGAAGAAGAGGGAAGAGUGGAACUUAACUGAGGCGUUUAUUUUUCCAUUCCCCCGAUCAAAGCAAAAAAACAAGCGCGUAAGGAGCGUUUACCUGUUGAUGAAGUCCCACCGGGCGUGGGACGCUGAGGAGCACUUGGGUUUGUUUGAAGAGAAGAGAAAGCUGAAAAGGGUGCCGACAACACACCACUCCAGUGGCCAGGAGGAGUGAAGGACCUUGGUUUUUCCCUUUUCCCCAGCAUUUGCAGUCGGUGCUGGGUUAGUGGAAAAUGGGCACUCGGAUCACUUCGAUCUAUGGACUUAUCCUCUCUUUGCUUCUCGCAUGCCAGCUGGUUACCGUGACCCAAGCCUCCAAGGUGUGGGGAGAGGUCCCUCUGCCAGAAGACUUGGAGGCAGAGAAAAAUGUCCAGGCGUCUCAGAGCUUACUGGACGAUGACGAGGACUUCGCCGCUGAUGAAGCUUCAGGAGAUCUGCCCAGUGGAGAGGACGAUGGCAGCACACCGUGGCCUCCAGUGGUCUCAGGGAGCACGAUCUAUUACAGAGCUCUAGUUAACUUCACUGACUCCCUGGUGUACGGCCCUGAGCUCGAGGACAUCUUUUCGUCGGCUUUCAUCGAGAUUUCUGAUGCGGUGGUUGACACGCUGGAGUCUGAGUACAACAGGAUCCCGGGCGUCCAGACAGUCAGCGUGGUCCUCAUUAAGAAGGUGAUAAGAGAGGAUGGAGUGGAUAUAUUUGUGGAGCUGGACGUGGGCUCCGACUACAACACCAAUGAUGAGCAGAUCCGCAGUGUGCUGUACAGCGUGGUGAAGGAGGGAGCCAUCGCUUCCUAUGUCACAUCAGUCCAGGGCUUUCAGUUCCGACGGCUGGGAGAAGUAACCCCCAGCAUCAGACCCUGCAUGGCGGAUGAGCACAGGUGUGGUGACGGGACUUGCAUCCUGAUGGAAUACCUGUGUGACAACAGACCUGACUGCAGAGACAUGAGUGACGAGAUGGACUGUGAUAUAAAACGGCCCAUCCCGGUCACGCCCACCUCUCCCACAACGACCACCCCGAUCAAGAAGCCCCCGCGGCCCCCGGCCCCCCCUGGGCCCUGCAGAGCAGACCAGGCCACGUGCCAGAGUGGAGAGUGCAUCCCACGAGACUACCUCUGCGAUGGAGAGAGGGACUGCUCUGACGGGAGCGAUGAGUUCAGAUGUGGUACUCCAUCUCCCUGUGAGCCCAACGAGUUUAAAUGUAAGAACGGCCGCUGUGCCCUCAAGCUGUGGCGCUGUGAUGGAGACAAUGACUGCGAGGACAACUCUGAUGAAACAGACUGCCCCACCAAGGGUCCCGGUGACACAUGUGCCCCUGAGCAGUUUGUAUGCCUGAGUGAUCGCACCUGCAUCCCGGCGAGCUACCAAUGUGAUGAGGAGCCAGACUGCCCCGACCGCUCUGAUGAGUACGGCUGCACCCCUCCCUCGGUGAUAAGCCCGCCAGAGGAGUCUGUUCAAGCCGUGCGUGGGGACACGGUGACGUUCACCUGCCAGGCUGUGGGAGUGCCCACCCCCAUCAUCACCUGGAGACUCAACUGGGGGCACAUCCCUGUUAGUGGCAGGAUCUCCAUGACCAGUGAGAAUGGCCGUGGUACCCUGACCAUUCGUGAUGUGAAGGAGGCGGAUCAGGGGGCGUACACCUGUGAGGCCAUCAACGCCAAAGGCCUGGUGUUUGGUAUCCCCGACGGAGUGCUGACUCUCUCACAGAAACCAGGCUCAAGCAACUGUCCUGAUGGUCACUUCAGUGUGGAGGGACGCUGUGUGUCUUGCUUCUGCGCUGGAAUCACCAAGAACUGCCAGGCCACCGGCCGCUACCGCAACCAGAUCAGCCUGCGCUUCACCGAUGAGGACGACUUCAAAGGAGUGAAUGUGACAUACCCCUCCAGGCCUGGCACUCCUCCUCUGUCCUCCACUCAGCUCCUCAUUAACCCCGAGAUGGAAGAGUUCCAGCUCGUCGACCUGUCACGGCGCUUCCUCAUCCUUGACUCCUAUUGGACCCUGCCUCGCCAGUUCCUGGGCAACAAGAUUGACUCCUACGGAGGAUCCCUCAAGUACAAGGUGCGGUACACACUGGCCCGUGGUCUGUCCGAGCCUGAGGAGAAGCCGGAUGUGAUCCUGGUCGGGAAUGGGCGCAGGCUUGUGUACCGUAGAGGCAACGCCACCCCUGCCCGAGUGGUCAACCAGAAGGAGAUCAGAUUUACUGAAGACCAAUGGCAGCAGUCCAAUGGUCGACCGGUGAGCCGUGAGGAGCUGAUGAUGACCCUCGCCAACCUGGACAGCAUCAGCAUCCGCACCAUCUACGACAACCACAUGGUCAGUGUCGCACUUAGCGAUGUUGUCAUGGAUACCACCUCAGUGGAGUUCAGCACUCGGGGUCAUGCUAAAGAUGUUGAAGAGUGCCGAUGUCCUCCUGGAUACACAGGCCUCUCCUGUGAGAUGUGCUCAUCUGGGUUUGAGCGCGUUCCUGGUGGCACAUAUCUGGGCACCUGUGCUGGUUGUAACUGCAACGGACACGCUAGCGCCUGCGAUCCAAUCAACGGACACUGUCUGAGUUGCCAGCACAACACAGAAGGCCCUCAGUGCGACAAGUGUCGCGCCGGCUACUUUGGCGACCCGAGCCGAGGUCGCCCCGACGACUGCAAGCCCUGCCCCUGCCCGUACAGUGAAACCUCACGCCGAUUCUCUGACACCUGCUUCCUGGACACUGACCAACAGGCAACAUGUGAUGCCUGCAAGCCCGGCUACACAGGAAGACGCUGUGAAAAGUGUGCUCCCGGUUACCAGGGUAACCCACUGCAGCCCAAUGGAAAAUGUGUUCCAGAUCAGAGCUCAGUCUCCAGGUGUGAUAACAGAGGAACAAUCAACUCUAACAGUAGGCCGUGCAGCUGCAAGAACAAUGUGGCGGGUGCUCAGUGUGACGAGUGUAAGCCGGGCUCCUUCCACCUCUCAGAAGCCAACCCAGACGGCUGUCUGCAGUGUUUCUGUAUGGGCGUCACCAAACAAUGUGCCAGCUCCACUUGGAGCAGGGACCAGGUUCGUGGAGGAGUGAAUGGGCAGCUCUUCACCCUCUCCAACAGUGCCAACACUAAAACGAUUUCUGAGGGCAUCUCUCAGAGGGGCUCCUCUGAAGUGAUCUACCGCUCCUUUUCCACCGUUCCCAGUGAUAUCUACUACUGGGUCCUGCCCGAGAGUUUCAGAGGAGAUAAGGUGACAGCCUAUGGUGGGGAGCUUCGCUACACUGUGCGUUAUGAACCACGGCAGCGCUCACUGAUAAUCGACGGCCAGCCGGAUGUGGUUCUCCAGGGCAAUGGCAUUUUCCUGGAACACUACUCUCAGACAAAGCCCCUCCCACGGGUCGCAACAACCAUCACUGUGACCUUCAGAGAGUCUGAGUGGCGACGCGCCGAUGGGCAGCCCUGUACUCGUGAGCACCUCCUGAUGGCCCUGGCUGACAUUGCUGUCUUUAUGAUCAGGGCCAGCUACGCAGACAAUAUGGCUGAGAGCAGCAUCUCAGACAUCAGGAUGGAUGUCGCUGUUCCCCAGUCCAAUGGCAAUGGACGAGCUCUGGAGGUGGAAGAGUGUGCCUGCCCUCAGGGAUACAGAGGACCUUCUUGCCAGGAGUGUGAUGAGGGCUACACCCGAACUGGCUCCGGCCUCUACCUGGGCACCUGUGAGAGGUGUAACUGCAACGGCCACGCCAGCGGCUGUGACUCGGAGACUGGUGCAUGUCUGCAAUGUCUCCAUAACACCGCUGGGCCAAGGUGUGAGCGCUGUGCGCCUGGUUUCUAUGGAAAUCCUUUGACAGGCGGUUCUCAGGCCUGCCAGCCCUGCCCCUGCCCUGGAACGUCUUCCAGCAACCAGUUUUCCCAGUCCUGUUAUCUGGAUUCUGACGGCCAGCCGACCUGUGACAGCUGUCCCCCUGGAUACACCGGCCGCCGCUGUGAGAGAUGUGCUGCAGGAUACACUGGCAAUCCCUUGGCUGGACAGAGAUGUGUUGUUGGCAACAAUGAGGUCAAUGGUAACUGCUACAUUUGUGACCAGAGAGGAAGUGAAGGCUGCAGUGGUGGUGUGUGCCGCUGCAAGAUGAACGUCGAGGGCCCAUCUUGCUCCAACUGCAAGUCUGGAACCUUCCACCUCAGUCCAGACAACAAAGAUGGCUGCCUGUCCUGUUUCUGUAUGGGGGUCACUCAGCAGUGCUCCAGCUCCACUUACUACAGAGACCUGGUGUCGUCGGUCUUCUCUCCAGGAAACUUCCAGGGCUAUGCUCUGGUGAACCGUCAGCGCACCAACCGCAUCUCCACUGGUUUCACUGUGGAGGUCUCCACCGAAGGCACGCAGCUCUCCUACACCAACUUUGACUACCUGGGACAGGAGCCUCACUAUUGGCAGCUACCGGGAGUCUACCAAGGAGACAAGGUGGGCUCAUAUGGCGGCAAACUGAAAUACACCAUCUCCUAUGUGGCUGGUCCAAGAGGAACACUGCUUGAGGAUGCUGAUGUUCAGAUUAUUGGUAAUGAUAUCACCUUGGUGGCUCGUCAACCGUGGCCAAGGAGGCAGCAGGGCAGCAGAGAGACUAACCAGUUUGAGAUUGUCUUCAGAGAGGAGAAUUGGCGUCGUCCUGACGGCAUGCCUGCCACCCGGGAGCACCUGAUGAUGGUUCUGGCUGACCUCGAUGAUAUCCUGAUCCGGGCUUCCUACUCCUCCGAGAUGCGCUCUUCCAGUAUCUCCGAUGUCAGCAUGGAGGUGGCGGUGCCCAACUACAGCGGCUUGGCACAGGCCCUUGAGGUGGAGCAGUGCCGCUGCCCGCCUGGAUACCAGGGACUCUCCUGUCAGGACUGUGCCCCUGGAUAUACCCGCACUGGAGGAGGGCUAUACCUAGGUCAUUGUGAGUUGUGUGAAUGCAACGGGCACUCAGACUCCUGCCACCCAGAAACUGGCAUCUGUACGAGCUGCCUGCACAACACCCAGGGUGAGCUCUGCGAGCAGUGCGCCCCUGGCUUCUUUGGAGACGCCACUGUUGGGACUCCGGAGGACUGCCAGCCCUGCGCCUGCCCUCACACUGACCCAGACAACCAGUUCUCCCCCACCUGUGAGAGCCUUGGUAAUGGAGGCUACCAGUGUACUGCCUGUCAGCCUGGCUACACAGGCCAGUACUGUGAACGAUGUGCCCCUGGAUAUGUUGGCAACCCACAGGAGAGAGUCAAGUGUCGUCCUUACAAUGCUGCAGCGUCCCUCGUGGUGAAAGUUUACCCAGAGAGGGUGCUGGUGUCCCAGGGUGGCUCUGUCACUCUCCGCUGUCAGGUGACCGGCUCCCCUCCGCACUAUUUCUACUGGUCCAGAGAGGACGGACGGCCCAUCUCCAGCAGUGCUGACAGGCGCAGACAAGGAGAGGAGCUGUACUUCCCCAGCGUUCAGCCAAGCGAUGCCGGCGUCUAUGUCUGUACCUGCAGAGAUCAGCGCAGCACCAACAGGAGCCGAGCUGAGAUUGUUGUCACAACUGUCUCAUCCAAACCCAUUGAGGUCACUGUUGAGGAGCCCAAAGCGCAGAGCGUCAGGGUGGGGUCUACUGUCAGCUUCAUCUGCACCGCCAAGAGCAAGUCACCAGCAUACACCUUGGUGUGGACCCGGAAAGGUAAUGGAAAGCUGCCCAACCGGGCCAUGGACUUCAAUGGCAUCCUGACAAUUCAGAAUGUCCGGCCCGAGGAUGCAGGCAUCUACGUUUGCACAGGAUCCAACAUGUUUGCCAUGGAUGAGGGCAAUGCCAUCCUCUACGUGCCAGAGGCCUCACAGACUCAGAUGUUUUACACAGCCUAUGAAAUGUUUGAAGGACAUAGAAAGCCUGCAGAGGCGGCCCAGCCUGUGGCCACCGUCACACCUUCAGUGCUGAAUGUCCAACAGGGCCAGCGGGCAGAGUUUCACUGCUCGGUGACUGGGAACCCUACACCUGCUGUUGAGUGGAUUGGAGGUCCAGGUAACAGAUUGAGUCCCAGAGCCGUGGUGCGAGGAGGCGUUUUGACCUUCACAGCAGUGGACCAGGCUGACGAGGGAGAGUAUACCUGCAAGGCCCUGAACACACAUGGCGAGCACACGGCACGGGCCUCCCUCUACGUCCAGAGGUCUAACCCAAGUGGCCUAGGCUCACAGCCCCAGGUUCAAGUCAGUCCACCAAGUCUUGAGGUCCAUGAGGGUGACACCCUGAGGCUGUACUGCCGAGCUUCAGGAUCACCCACCCCGAAGCUCACCUGGCUGAAAAACGGAGGGCAGAUCCCCCCACAGGCCAUUCCUUCUCACGGUUUCCAUCAGUUUAAAAGCAACAGUCUCGAUGUGUUACAGAGACGUAUUGAGGAGCUGCAGGCACGGAUGGAGCGCACUGACAUUGGCACUCUGCUCAUCCCGAAUGUCAAGAUGUCCGACUCAGGCACCUACAUGUGCGUUGGCAGCAACAGCAUUGGCUCAAAUAGUGCUCCUAUUAAGGUCACUGUUCUCAAAGCAGACCAUGUCAUCUCAGCCAUCACCAUCCAGCCUUCUAUAGCUGAUGUGCAGGAGGGCCAGAGUCUAGACCUCAACUGUUUUGCCCCUGGAAACCCUCCUCCCCCUGUCAUCUGGACAAGAGCCAGCGGGCGCCUCUCCUCCAAUCACCAGGUUUUGGGCAGUCAGCUGAGGAUCCUGUCAGCCACUCCAGACGACUCAGGGGACUACAUCUGUCGGGUGCAAGGCAACUCUGGAAACCAUGGAUCGCCUGUCCUCCAGGCCUCUGUCUCUGUGUCUGUCACCUCGUCCUCUUCACGUCUGCAGACACCCAUCAUCUCCAUUGAACCACACAGCGCUGCGGUGCGCAAUGGGGACUCGGCCAAUUUCAGGUGCAGGGUGUACAGUGGAGCCCAGCCUGUCAGACUGGAGUGGAAGCUGUCCAGCAACCAGCCUCUGCCAGAUAAUGUCAAAGUUGGCCCUGAUGGUUCUGUUAUUACCAUUACCAAUGCUCAGUCUAAUAACCAAGGCGCCUACCGCUGCGUGGCAAGCAACCUGUUCGGCAUCACCCAGAGCAUUGUGUCUCUGAUCGUCAGGGAGGCCCCUGUGGCCACCGUCACCCCUCUUGGGCCUGUGCGGGUCAGGGUGGGUGAACCCAUCAACCUGGAGUGCCAGGCGUCAGGAGAGCCACGCCCCUCAGUCACAUGGCACAGGCUGGACAGCACCCGGAAGACCAUGCUGAGCAGCCCUGUGCCCAUGGAGUCAAAUGCCGUCAUGCAGAUACUGGUGGCACGUCCAGAGGAUAGUGGCACGUAUGUGUGCACAGCACGCAACAAUGAGGGCACCUCUGAGAACAGGGUGGAGGUAAUUGUGGAGGGAAACUCAAGAUUACCCACAGUGCCUAGAGCGUCGGUUCCAGAGCCCCUGAUGGUUGUGGUGGAGGGUCAGACUGCAACACUACGCUGUGAUGCCCAUGGCUUCCCUCCCCCUAAGAUCACCUGGUCCAAACUGCGGGCUCCUCUGCCCUGGAGACACAAGGUGGUGAACAACAGCCUGGUGCUGCCCGGUGUUGGCCGCCAAGACUCUGGAGAGUACAUCUGCAAUGCCACCAACCACAUGGGCACUACUGAGGUCACCAUUAUGCUUGAUGUCGAGACGCCUCCCUAUGCCACCUCCAUGCCUGAUGACGUGGCCGUGCGUGUUGGGGAGGUGAUCAGGCUGCAGUGCCUGGCCCACGGCACUCCUCCUCUCACCUUCACAUGGACCAAGUUGGAUGGCAGCCUGCCCCCCAGGGCCCAGAUUAAUGGUGGGGAUCUCCAAAUCAACCUGGCCGCUGCCGAGGACGCCGGUAGCUACAAAUGUGUGGCCAGCAACAAAGUGGGCAACAGUGAAGCAGUGGCUAAAGUCACAGUCAGAUCCCCCCUGGCAGUGCGUGUGUCCCCCCAGGUUGAGGUAAAAGCCCAGGGCAGUGCCGUGGAGUUCACCUGUUCAGCAGCAGGUGGCGUCGAAACCAAAAUUGAAUGGCUAAAGGAGGGAGGUGCCCUGCCACCUAACCACCAUAUCAAAGACGGGGUGCUGAGGAUUGAGAACCUUGAGCAGAGCAAUGAAGGUGUUUACAUCUGCAGAGCAAGCAGUGUGUAUGGUCAGGCCCAAGACACUGCCAAGCUCACCAUCCAAGCCCUGCCAAAGGUGAUGAUCAAUGUGCGUACAUCAAUUCAGACAGUGAUGGUAGGGAACUCAGUGGAGUUUGAAUGCCAGGCUGUCGGUGAUCCUCAGCCCACAGUCAAAUGGAGCAAAGUGGGCGGCUCUCUGCCCACACACAUCAUGGUGAAGGGCGGCAUGCUGAGGAUCGAUCAGGUGACGGAGGCUGACGCCGGGCAGUACCGCUGCACUGCUACCAAUGAUGUAGGCUCGGUCCAGUCUCAGGUGGUCCUGAAUGUCCAGUCACUUCCACAGAUUGCUGCACUGCCUGAAACUAAGGAGGUGACAGUCGGCUCUGAUGCUGUGUUGCCCUGCGUGGCUUCAGGAUACCCUGUACCUGAGAUCAAAUGGUCCAAGCUGGGAACAGAGCUUCCACCUAAAUGUUUCCAAGAGAGCAACGUGCUGAACAUUCCAGGUGUCACCCAUGACGAUUCUGGGACGUACGUUUGCACCGCCUCCAACAAACAGGGCAAAGUGGAAGCCUUCACCACGCUUAGUGUACAUGAGAGAGUGAUGCCCUACUUUGCCCAGGAGCCCUUGUCCUACCUCACCUUGCCCACCAUCAAGAAUGCCUACAAGACUUUCAGCAUCAAGAUCAACUUCAGACCUGACAAUGUUGAUGGUCUGAUGUUGUACGCUGGUAUGAUCCUCUACAAUGGCCAGCGGAGGACAACAGGAGCUGACUUCAUCUCUCUGGGACUUGUGGGUGGCCGCUUGGAGUUCAGGUUUGACGUGGGCUCUGGCAUGGCCACCAUUCGUGACCCCAACCCCAUCAAACUGGGAGAGUUUCACACCGUUGAGCUGCACCGCAACCACACUCUGGGUUAUAUUGUUGUAGAUGGAGGAGAACCUAUCAAUGGCAGCUCACAGGGCAAGUUCCAGGGGCUGGAUCUGAAUGAGGAGCUGUAUAUAGGUGGUUACCCCAACUACACACUCCUGGCCAAAACCGCUGGCAUUAAGACUGGAUUUGUUGGCUGUAUCCGUCAGCUGGUGAUCCAAGGAGAUGAAGUCAUCUUCAAAGAUCUUGACCGGAGCUCUACUGGCGUCUCUAACUGUCCCACCUGCAAAGAUCAUCCAUGCCAGAAUGGAGGGAGGUGUGAGGAUUCAGACGCCAGCUUGUAUAAGUGCAGCUGUCCCAGGGGAUUCACUGGUAGCAACUGCCAGCACCACUCCUCCCUGCACUGUCACUCAGAGGCCUGUGGCCCUGAUGCCACCUGCAUCAACCGCCCCAAUGGCCUGGGCUACGACUGCCGCUGCCAUCUGGGCAAGUCUGGAAACAAAUGCAUGGAUGGGGAAUUGGUAACCACUCCACUGUUUGAUGGUGAAGAGUCAUACAUAGCCUACCCUCCCCUGACCAACAUCCAUGAUGACCUGCGUGUUGAGCUGGAGUUCAAGCCGCUGGAGAGAGACGGUCUGAUGUUCUUCUGUGGAGGGAAGAAGAUGAAGGUGGAGGACUUUGUGGCCAUUUCAAUGGUGGAUCGACAUGUGGAGUUCAGAUAUGAGCUGGGCACAGGCCAAGCAAUCCUUCGCAGUCCAGAGCCAGUCUCUUUGGGCCAGUGGCACAGAGUUGUGGCAGAGCGGAACAAGAGGGCUGGCCACCUGAGAGUAGACCAGGGUCCAGUGGAGAGGAAGACAUCUCCAGGAAAAGCCCAGGGUCUCAACAUCCACACUCCCAUGUACCUGGGAGGAGUCCCCAACUUGGACAUCCUGCCUAAGCCGGCCAACGUCAGCGAAAUGUUUGAUGGCUGUAUAGGAGAGGUUUCCAUCAACAACAAGAAGGUGGACCUGUCCUACAGCUUCAUAGAAAGCAAAGCCAUCCGCAAGUGCGUGGACAACAGUCCUUGUGACCGUCGGCCCUGCUUGAAUGGUGGUCACUGUAUGCCUAGUGCAGAGUAUGAGUACCAGUGCCUCUGUAAGGAUGGAUUUGAAGGCGAGCGCUGUGAGGUGGUGAAAGACGUGUGCCAGAGCAACCUUCAGUGCCAGAAUGGUGGCAUCUGUGUCAACGGCCAGUGUGUGUGCACUGAAGGCCACACCGGGCCAAACUGUGAAGAAAAUUCACCAUACCAGUAUGCAGCUUAUUUCCACAAUGAUGGAUACAUUGCACUACCCAAACCAGUCUUCCCCAGAAGUGCCCAUGACUCUCCUGAGACCAUUGAAUUGGAGAUCAACACCGGCUCCUCUGAGGGCCUGAUCCUCUGGCAGGGAGUGGAGACCAAUGGCGCACGCCAUUUGCGAAAGGUGCAUGCUAGUAAAAAGGAACUGGGAGAACAAGGUAAAGGCAAGGACUUCAUCAGCCUUGGUUUACAGAACGGACACCUUGUUUUCAGUUACCAGCUGGGCAGUGGAGAGGCAGAAAUCAAAUCCCGGGAGCCAAUCAAUGACGGCCAAUGGCAUAAGGUCACCGCAGUCAGAACUGGAAAAGACGGAUACAUCCAGAUAGAUAAGGGCGCCACACGACACGGACAAUCUAAAGGCAAAAGCCUCAUGGUCAACACCAAAGGCAGCAUAUACCUCGGUGGAGCACCAGACAUGGCUGCGCUGACAGGAGGGAAGUUUUCCACAGGAAUGACAGGUUGCGUGAGGAACCUGUCGCUGAUGAACGCCCGGCCGGGACAGCAGCCAGCCCAGGCCAUCGACCUGCAGGCCCACGCGGCCCACGGCGUUAACGUGCAGCCAUGCUCUUCGUAGAUCGCAGCACGCACAUCAUACACACACGCACACACAAACACACCGACACACACACACCCAGAGACUAUGGAGUGAUGUCACGGUCACACACACUCACACAGCAGACACACACACAGAGAGACUGACACACAUAGAGCCUGACACAAACUUGGUGCUUUGCUGCUACCAAAAAAAAAAAAAAAGAAAAAAAAAAACAAGAGAGAGAAAAUCAUGAUGACUCAACAGGAUAUGAUUCUCUGUGUGCAUUAAAACCAAAAAAAGAAAGAAAAAUUGAAAUGAUAUUAACAAGUCUUCUCUUCCUCAGUGUUGUAUUCUCGAUGAAGGACUAUUAACACAGGAGAACCAGUACAGUUUACAUACUCCCAGCAGUAGCUUUAGCCAUGAGAAGAGUAAGAGUAAAACAUAUUAGGCCUUCUACGAUGGGUCAGAUCCUAUGGAGUUGGAGAUGUUUUUACAGCACUGAAUUUUUAUUUAUAUACAUAUGAAUAUAUAUAUAUAUUAUAUUUGUGGGGGAAAACAUGCAAACUAACCAUAACUGCUCUUCUACUUUCCUAGAGUUUAUUCUGGGUUCUAAUACUGUGUGUCCAGGGCUUUUUAUAGGCCUAACUGUAUUAAUACUUGAAGACGUUUAGGCCUUCUUUCUUCACUUCUGUAGGGGAACCUUCUGCGCGAGCAUGCAAACAGUCUUUUGCGUACUGUUGGGAGCGGAGCGCACACGGUCAUGGCACAUGCGGCUUCAAGACACAACUCAGGUCAUCAAAUUCAAAUAAUAAAAACAACAAAUAGUCGAGACACUAUUGCUUUAACUUGGCUGAAAUGUUCCGUGAGUCCUACGUCACUCGGCUUCAUAGCAUGGUUGCCUCUUCUGUGUCUGUAUUUGUUCUUUUUUUUUUUUUUAAUAAAAAAGGAAAAAAAAAAAUUUAAGAAUCCUUGGUGCUAAUGUCAGACAUGAAGAUUCAGCCCACGACCACAUGGUUUCCUGUCCGUUUUCUGUCGCUGAUGUUGUAGAGAUGUAGAGGUGCUGUGCAGUGAACACGUUGCAGUAGAUGAAGGAUGCAUCCACGUAAAAAAAAAAAAGAAGGAUAAAAUAGUGCCGCAGUUAAGCUGUAAUUGGUUUGCAUGGCAUUUGAGGUUGAUUUGAUGAUGAUAUGACAUGAUGUGUCGUCUCCGCAGCCUUAUUUGAUUGAGUAGAUCUCAAAAGAAAAAAAAAAAGAAGUUUUAAGAACUGAAAAAAGGUGUAGUUUUUUUUUAAAUGUUUGGUUGUUGAUGAACUAGAAUAUUGUUUUAUGUAUAAACCUAUCUGCCAGUCAGGUAACAAUAUCAGUAUCAGUUGAGAAUGUGUAUGCCUGUUGGGUAAAUUUGUUGGAUUUGUGCGUCCCAGCCCCCUGCGUUUCUCCCAGUUCACUUCAUGUGGUGUCUGAGGUGUGUGUGUGUGUGUGUGUGUGUGUGUGUGUGAGCGCGCAUGUCUCAUCAUCCAUAUCCUCAGGAGUGUCAACGCAGAACUGCCUCAAGAUGUUACUUUUUUCAGGUUUGGAAGCCUCAGUAACUCCACAGUAAGCUUUAGUAGCAGUCUGUUGUCGAACUCUGAAGGCUACACGGUUCUGUAAGCUGUUUUAUCUCUAGAGGUAGAUGCAUCUGCAGCAGACAGUAGUUGGACACAGCUGGAGUAGGUUUUGGUAGUGUGAGAAUGCAGUGGAAGCCUCCUGCAGGUGCUGUGACCAGUCGUGUCGCUCCAGUUAAAGCAUGCUCGCCUGCCUUAGACGACCACAACACAAAACCAAGAACGGCACGUUCACUUUGGGGUUCACAGACCUUCCUCAUUUUUUUGUAAUGCUUAAAAUAUUUGUAUUAAUAUUCUAAAAAAUGAGCACUAUCCUUUCACUUAGAGUCGCUUCAUUUUUAUUUAUUUCUUUUGUUUCUUUUUGGGUUUAUUUUUUUUUCUUCCCCUCCUUUACACUGCUUUUGUUUCCAGGCUUGAUUCUGCUGUUUUAGAGCAAUCACAGAAGCUUGCUAUUUUUCUUCCCUCUGGUUAUUGUGUAUUGCCUCCCACAUACCCCCUUGUUUUCCCUUCAUGUUUGGCUUUGAAUAUGGCCUCGGCAAGUUCCUCUGAAAUUCCCAUGAUCCUUCAGCCAUCUCAUGUAAUAUCCACGGAGUGUUCAUCUGUGAUUCCUGGCUGGAAUUGCCAUGUCAAACAGUUGGAAACUGGUCUUAGUUAUUCACUUUGCUAUAAUUAAAAAAAAAAAAAGUCUUAGGCUGCAAAUACAGUGAACAAUGUAUUUAUCUACAGAGAAUGGUGCCAUCAUGUUUGUUAUAAUGUGUGGUUGGUCAGGAGGAUUGAUUAAAUCCAGCAGCCGAUCCUGCAGUCCACAUUUGGGAGACUAAAGCAGAGUGGGAUGUAUGUGUGCGCCUUGUUGGCCGCCUCUUGUGUAUCUGCUCUAAAACUGGAUUUUCAUAUAUACACUGUACACAGCCCGUCUCCCAGUGCAUAGCUACCAAGGCACUGCUACACAGCUUUCGAUUGUGUUCAGGUCAUCGCAAAAUAAAGCAUGGCUGCAAGCAUCAACUGUAUGUGAUAGGUGCACUUUCAAUGAUGAUGGAAAUUUUGAUUUCACCUUUUUGAAAUUGUUCAUAUUUUUGUCUUUGUUUCACCUCUGAAUGACAGACAAAAGAUUAUAUCAAAGUUCAGCGAAUGAAAGUGUACCAGAUGAAAUAUUGUCCGUGUCAGAACAACUUGCUUGUGUUGCUGACUGUUACAUUUCCAGUGUUGAAAGGACUCUCCCCCCUCCCUUGGUGUUUCUUAAUUAAAAACAAAAUUCAUGUGCUA